AUGUGUGCGUUUUUUAGAAUAAAAAACAAUGACAAUCUCUGUUUGGCAAGGGCAAUUGUUGUCGCUAAGGCAAAAGUUGAUCUUGAUAGUGAACAUGAUUAUAUAAGCGAUUGCCGUAGACCAUUACAGAGACAUCGUGCUCAAGAAUUGCAUGAAAAGGCAGGUGUACCCGAAGGACAGUGUGGUCUUAAUGAAGUCAAGGCUUUCCAAACCUAUUUAACUGAUUAUCAAUUGAAUAUUGUUUCAAAGGAGCAUCAAAGUACUUUAAUAUACAGUAGUCCAGAUGCUGAAAAACGUAUUUAUUUGUACUCGCACGAUAAUCACUAUGAUAUUAUUACAUCUAUGCCUGGAUUCAUUGCUCGUAAGAAAUAUUGUCAUGCAUGUAAGAAAGGUUACGAUAAAAUUGAAGACCAUCUUUGUGGUGAUACAUGCAAAUUAUGCUACACACAGAAUUGUCCGAUUGAAAACUGG